UAAGCGCGCUCGUCGUUCCCGAUGGAAAAUUGGUGGUGACUCUCUUCACAUCACUGAAUCGUGCUUAUAUACCUUACUUUUCUCGCCAUUUUCUCUCAUAUAUUCACUCUAUGACUCCAAAAACACAAUGAAGAGGAGAACUAUUGAUCCUUCGAAGCUUAGGAGACCACCGCUUAAGCGUUCUCGGAUAACUGAAUCUAUCUAUGGAAGUGUAUUUUUAUAUAUAAGGUUCUUCCUGGUUUGGAUUCUGGUGCUGACUGCGGACUUUCUUCUGGAGUUUCGGUUCGAAUAUUUGUGGCCAUUCUGGUUGCUUUUGCGAAGUGCUUAUGAUUCAUUCAAAUAUCAAGGCCUAGCUUUUUCCUUACUCUUCCUUACACUAGCGUUCUGUUCUGAUAUGAUUUGUUUAGUACUUCUACCCGUUCACUGGCUAUUUUUUGCCGCUAGUACUUAUGUCUGGGUCCAGUUUGUAUGGCAUACAGAUCGAGGGCUUUGUCUUCCAACAGUCAGUUUAUGGCUAAUUUUCGUUUAUGUGGAAGCUUCAGUCAGACUUCGAGAACUGAAAAGUCUGCCGUUUCAUUUAGAUCUUUGUCGGCCUUUUGCAGCUCACUGUAUUGGGUAUCCUGUGGUGACGCUUGGUUAUGGGGUCAAAAGCUAUUUAGGAUAUAAGAUGAAACAGCGGAAAAUGACGCAAGUCUCAAAAGAAAAUGAGUUUUACAUGCAGCUAAUAAAUCUAGCGCUGCCUACAGAAAGUACAAACUGUACAGAAACCAAUACAGAAAAGACUUCUAGAGCAAUAUGUAAUGGUAAACCUAGCGUACACAGUGGCGACUCAUCACCAUCAAAAGCCAGAUCCUUACCUAUCAUGACAAAUGGCAUAAACACUAAAACAGACGUUGAACUCUUGAUAGAAAAGGAAAACAAGAUACGAGGGCUAAGAUUAAGUGAUAUGGAAGCCAGCACAGGUGCAAGAGGGACCAAUUCAGUUCUCAAAGAUCUAGAUUCCUUGACGCACCUGAGGUCCAAGAAACUACAUGAGGACCAUAACUUAAACGAACUUGAUAAAUCCCCUUCAGAAGGGCAUACUAAGACUUCUAAAGGAAGUCACGGUCGAUCAGCAAGUUUCGGGGCAUUUGGUAAAGGCUCUGCGGUGUCCAAGAUGUCCAAUGGACGGGCGGGUGGAGGGCAUUCGAAGGAGUGCGAGGAUGUGGAGGAUGAGGAUACUGAUAGUGAUUCGCUGAGUAAUUCGAGUAAUUCUGUUGGAAAUAGCAGGAAGAGCAGUAGAAGCAAUUCUCCGAAGGGUCAUGAUGCGAAGAGUCAAGAUACUGUUAUCAGUCUGUUGGCGCAGCUAAAAGACGAAAAAACUUCAAGGCGCAAGUCUGAGAGCAUGGUGGUUCUACUUGAGAAUGACAUCAGGAGAGUUAAAGUUGAACUUCAGACUAGUCGUCAGUGUGAACAUGAAUUGCGAUCUAACAUGCACAGUCUGAUGGCCAACGAGAGGUCUGCUAAGAUAGAACUGCAACAGCUAAAGUCUGAGAACGACACUCUACAACAGAAGAUCCAGUCGCUAAAUAACAUCAGGCAACAAGAUCGUAACACCAUCUCCUCUCUGGAGCGCAAGCUGAAAACUGAACGCGACUCACGUCUGUUGGCUGAAAACCAGCUUCGCGAGGAACGCAAGAAGCAGAAAGCGGAAUGCGCCGCGCAGAAACAACGCGAAGACACGACAAACUGCCAUGAUGCUUGUAUCUCCUUGCGCGAAGAAAUGGAAGAAGAAACACGUCAGCUGCGCAUGCUCUUGUCUGACAAAGAAGAAGAAUAUAGACGCAUGGAAAAAGAAACUGAAAGACUAAGGCAAAAGACCAAGGAAUUCGAGAGUAUUCAACUGAAGAAAGAAACUGAGAUCCUCAUGAACGCUCUGACCGCCAUGCAAGGAAAGAACACUCACUUGGAAAACAGCCUCAGCUCUGAGACCAGACUGAAGCUUGACUUGUUUUCGGCGCUGGGUGAAACUCGCCGCCAGCUGGAGAUAGCCCAGAACCAAGUGACCAGCAAGGACAGAGAUAUCGAUAACCUGAAGGCCAAGAUAGCUGAGGUGAUGGCUGUAAUGCCGGGUACUACCUAUGGAGAAACCAUACCCCACUUCACUACUACCCACGCAGGGCUUGAUCUAAGCAGUGGUCUAGACCCAAGUGCUCCCUGCUAUAUCCCAAACAAAAAAGCAAAUGGCCUGUUGUAGAUGGUAUUUAAGUUAUUAAUGUUGCUGAGACCAGUGUAGUUGUAUAUCGUGGCUGCUCAUUGGUAAUUUAUGAUUUAUUUCCAGUAGCUCCGUUUGUUUAAGUUUUAGUGACCUGCUUAUUCCAUAUUUAAAAGAGAGAUAGGUUAGGUGUUGUUAAAAAGGGAGAAGCGCUUAAAGGGAAAGAAUAUUGGGGCUACUUGGGUGAGGUGAGAGUAAUGCCAGAUGGGAUUGUUUGAGGUAACGUGGUUGAACGGCAUGAAUAUUCGUGCGACGGCUGAUGAUUAACAGGAGACGUGAUGUGUUAGCGCAGUUAGUGUUGAAGAAAGUAAUGCAUGAUGGGAUUGUUGAGGUAACGUGGUGGAAAGGCAUGAAGGUUCGUGCAAGGGCGGGUGGUUAGAAAACAUGAUUUGCGAGUGCCAUCGUUGAACGAGUUGCAUGAUGGUUUUUAGGUUUACGCGGUUGAUGAGAACAUGGUGGGUCUAUCAAUGUUUACUAGUCAAUGUUUGUAUGUGUGUCUGUCAUCGAAGGGCAUGUUGGGACUUCUAGGAUAGUCGUAUAUUCGGUGGAUUGCCAUUGAUAUCCAGUUAAUAUAUUUCGUCUUAGUUAUUUUCCGGUAUAAUUUCUUUCUUCGUUCACUCGUUAGAUUUGUAGUUAAACUACGCAUGCGCAAAAGAUUCAGAGAAAAAAAAUCAAAUGUUUUUAAUUUCGUAUUUUAAUCGAGAGAAAGGGAAUAAGCAACGUCAUCUCCCCGGACCAACUCUGCUUCUUGUUACAAGAAGGAUUAUAGAAAUAAUCAUGUACGAACGAUUCUUGCCGUUUCCUUGCAAGUUCACAAAAACGUACACCAUUCAUUCGAUUACUUCAAAAUUUCCUUCGGAAGCAUAUUUCACGCAUCUCCGUUCAUUACCCUACUGAUUCCUGUAGCAUUUUUAUCCAUCUCAGUCUUCAACCACUUCCUCGUCGCGUUGUAAUAUCUUUAUAGCGUUACCUCUCACCUCUUUUUGUCGUAUUGGACAUAAUCUUCCAUUAUCUUCUGGACCUUUUGGCCCGAUUUUCUCUGCCACUCGCGUCGCAACACGGGUUAAACGAAGACCCAAUYGUUGCCAAAAGUAGAAAAGAAUUAUACUUUUCGCAACGAAUGCUGCAACUUGUCUCGCAACAUUUUUCAAAUUGCGCUGUAGGCUACACGCUGCAAUGCUCCAUAAAACUCGUGCGGUAACGCCGUUGCGAGACAAGUUGCAGAGAAAAUUCCUCCGUGUUAUUGCGCCUUUACCCUCGAAUGGAAGAACUGACUUUGCAUUCACGCUCCGUUCUUUCCCUAUUAUUGUAGUUUUGUUGCUUAUUUUAAACCGCCUUGGUAUUGGCAGCCAUGUUGAAAACUCACCAAAUGUUUACUUUGAGAAACGAGGUUAUCUGUGAGACUCCAACCGUGAAUACCUGUUUCAUUCGAAAAAUUUCACAUAAUUACUGGGAUGCCUGUGGUAUCACAGUCUUACUGGGAUACCUGUGAUAUCAUAGUCUUACUGGGAUACCUGUGGUAACACAGUCUUAAAAUGCUUUUGUUUUUUUUUUUUCAAUUUCACAUGAGCGUAUAACAUAGUUGAAUAAUACUGUAUCAUUAGCAUUCGUGUUAACAGUUAUGUGAGCAGCUCCCGCCAUUUUGUGUGUCACAUUGUAUACGCCAUUUUGUCUCAAUUGGAAUUAGCCAUUCCGAGGUUGAGAAAAAAACUGGGUCGAGUUAUCAUUGCAGUGCAUUUUGGGACUGUUUUAAGAUAGACGCCAUCUUGGAAUGCAAUGCAUUAAUGCCAACUCGACCCAGUUUUUCCCUUAAACUCGGAACCCACCGAAUGUUAGUUCAAAUUUUCGCACAUUUCAGCUCGUAACGACCCAACUUUUAUUAUUUUUUCAUUUGAAUCUUGAAGUUCUAAAAUGCCCAAAUCUUGCUUCAAAACGUUUAGUUACCUUGAAACUACGAUAAAAGUCGUACACAGACUCGCUUACGAGUAAAGGGUCGGUCACUUUACAACAUGGCCGUCAAUUCCAUGCCAGUAGCAACCUGUGAUUAGAUGGUCUCAGCGACACGUUAGAAGGCACUAAGUCAUAUUUGAAAGCUUUACAGUUCAUGUAACGAUUCAACAGAGCCACAUGAUCGUGAAGGCUUCGCGAUCAACGAAAAACAAGUAAUGUAAAAGAAAGAGUUGAGAACUACAUAGUUUAAUAAAUUAUGCCGUAAACAGAUGAAA